AUGGAAGAUAUUAUCAUUUCUGGUGCGAAAAGUCGAGGAGAAGUACCAAGGUAUGUAACACCAGUUUAUGAUCUAAUAGCAAAAGAUGAUAAAUAUCUUCUUAUUUCAAAUUCUCGCCUCACAUAUAUCAAUAAAAAAGAUAAUCUUCCCAUUGUCUCAUAUUCUUGGUUCAAAUCAUCAAAAAUGCAAGUCACAGAAGAUACUGUAGAUCUUCUUUUCGGAACAUUUCGCGUCUAUUUUGAAACAGAAAAAGUUCCGCAAAUUCAAACGAUUCUUUUAGAUAUUAUUCCUCGAAUUUUACGACCUACAGAGUUAAUAUCGUUUGGAUAUUUUGAAUCACCUGAUGAAAGACCGCCACCAACACCUAACAGUGCAUUAUUGCGACUUACAGAGAAAGCAAAGUUAAAUAACACGCAAAUAUCUAAAAAUACACUUGACAAAAUAACAGAAAUCUUAACAUAUUCAACGGAACAUGUUGAUUUUUCAAAAUUUGAAAAUCAAAUCGAAGGUAUGCAAUUAUUAUUUGAUAUACUACCUCUGUGUUCAUCAGUUACAUCGAUAAAAACAUACAGCACAGAUAAAAUUGAUGUUUUUGAUUUAUUAUCAACAUUAGUCUGCGAAAGUUGUUAUUUAGAGAACAUAGAGAUCGAUGGACCAAUUACUAAGCAUUAUGAUUCGUUUUUACGUCAUCUUUCUCGUAACAAAGAAAUUCCUUUACAAGGUUUAUCAUUUUCUAACACAAACCUCAACGAAACUAACUUGCGAUCCCUUGCCAAGUGUCUUUCAGACAAAUACAUAUGCUCCAUUGCCUUCCGAAAUGCUUUUCUUGAGAAUACUUAUCCAUCAUUUUAUAAUAAUUUCCUUCCAACAAUUGGGAAGCAACUUACAGUCCUGAAUUUAGAUGGAAUGAAAAAUAUAGACCUAAACAGUAUCAUCAAACACCUCGGUUUCAUUGAAGCCAUCUCAAUUGCGGAUUGCUCAUUAGAUAUCAUUGAAAUUCUUAAAACCUUUAGUAACUCGAAGCUAGAAUACCUCAAACUGAUCAAUAUGAGCAAGAACAAAUGCAGUUACACGGCAACUUCCCUUCCAUCUUUGCCUGCAACAGUUAAUUCCGUACAAUUAUCGAAUGUUUCAUGGGAAGAAAACAGUUUAGUUAGUUUCUUUUCAUCUAUUUCCAGUAUAUUCCUUUCCAGUAUCAGGUUGGACAUCUCAUGCAGCAAAGCGAGCAGUUCAGAGUGGCAGAGAUUGUUCAAUGUUCUGAAAAAUUUGGAAAUAAAAAGAUUGCAAUGUUUGAUAUGGGAUGAAAACCCUGUUUCCUCGCGUUUCUUCACUUUCCUGACGAAGAAUCCGCAAAUAGACUAUCUGAGCUUAUCAGGAUGCUUCUCGGAAUCAGAUGGAGACCUUAUAAAACACUUGGAAAAAUUCAUACCUUUCUCUUCCCUCAAAAGUUUGAUAAUUCAAGGAAAAAGUGACAAAUUUAUGGGCGCAAACAUAUGUUCAUUACUGAGAUGUUUGUCAACAUCGAAGACUAUUGAAUACGUAGAUUUAAGCAAUUCAAGAUGCAGAGAUCGAGGAAUUAUCGAAGCAUCUAAUUUGUUUAAUUGCGAAACACCAAUUGCGUUUUUAAACAUUGAUGGUGCUUGUCCGAGAUCUCCAAAGUCGUUGUUUGAUUUCUGCUGGAAGGCUGCUGGUAAUAAAAGAGCAAUGGCUGUAAGUUUCCCUCUUAAAGAUUUGAGAAGUUUACAUUCAAACGGACAAAUUUCUGACAUCGAAUUGUCAAAAGUGACAGAUCUAUUCAAAUUGCCACAACCGACGUUCAAUGAAGAAAUGAGUCCAUUUGAGAGUCCUUUUGAGAUCUACAGGGAGGAAAAGAAGCCAUUGUUUCCGAUGUAUUUGAGACCUAUUCAGCCAAGUCCUGAAGGAUUCAGAACUGUUGAUAUGGCGAAUACUUCUGAAGGAGAUCAGACGAGAACAGAACUGACAAUCGAGUUCGGAGAAGACGAAAUAAGAUUAGUUCCUGUUGAAAAUGAUGAGAAAAAGAACAAAAAAUUCACCAUUAAGAAAUCCACUGAUAAUUUGUUGACAUUAGAAUCAGUUGAAUUGAAAUCAGAAGAUAAUAAUCCUCAGCAGACAAAUGCAGCUCAGCCACAGAAAAAGAGAAGAAGAGUACUUAGAAAAAAGAAAACAUCACUUCCGAAACCUCCUUCUGUUUCAGAAACUUCUGGAGAUCAAAGCCAGAAAUCUGGUUCCCAAAAGAAAAAGAAAAAAGUCACAAACUCUUCUAUUAGUUCAAAUGAAAUUAGCAGCAGUGUUAAGUCUUCUGAAGGACAAAACGUAAAAAGAACAAAAAGAAUCCGAAAAAUUUCCAAAAAUUCUUCCUCAAAAACUGAAAAUGACAAAUGGAAGUUCCCCAUUCCGAAUUCAUUUGAUGAUGUGUACAAGAAGAUAUUCAUUGAUGCGGAGAAGAAUAAUCAAAUUGAUGACUUGUUAGAACAAAUUCAUAAGUUAUAA